CCGAUUCUCACAGUCAGCGAGCGCGCAUCUGUACUGGGGCGUCUACUGUAGUAAAUUACCUUAACACCAAACAAGCAGUCACUCUGGAUUUUCAAUAAGCGAAAAUUAAAAAUGAAGAGGCCAAAAACUGUGAACAAAGCUUCUUGAGGAAAAGGUGGGAGUGAGGAGAGGCCAGUGUGAGUGUUUAUGUGUGCAUGUGUGUGUGGAUGAAAUUCCAUAGGCCAUGUCUGGUCCUGCCAAACAAGAGAGGACAGUGUGUGUCCUCCUUCCCACCAAGGAGAUGCUGGAUAUCACAGUGGGGUUGAAAGCAACAGGUCAAGAAGUGUUUCAACGUGUUUGUGAGCUUCUUGGAGUUAAAGAACUGCACUACUUUGGAUUGACUUUAGUCAAAAACAAUGAGCACAUCUUUCUGGACUUGGAAGAGAAACUUGCCAAGUACUUCCCCAAGGAAUGGAAACAGGACUCAGGGAAGCAGGGGCCGCAUAAGAGGUCAAUCCCCCCCCUGCUCUGUCUCAAGGUUCAGUACUACGUGGAGAACGGCCGGCUCAUCUGUGAGCGCAAAGCAAGAAAACUGUACUACUAUGAUCUGCGAGAACGUGUCCUGCGCUCCGAAUGCAGACAGAAGGAGGAAGUGUAUUUCCAGCUGGCAGGAUACGCCCUACAGGCCGAUCACGCUGACUACCCUCCAGAGGGCCACAGUCAGGGACACGCUGUUUAUUUUCAAGCCAAAGAAUACUUCCCUCCUUGGAUAAUUGCGAAGCGAGGCCUUGAUUACCUGCUGUGUCACGGGCCCAAGGUUCAUAAAGAGCUGUGGGGGAUGUCCUCUCGCGACGCUAUACUGCUCUUCAUCAGAGAAUCCUGCCGUCUGGAGGAUGUACCAGUCACUUUUUAUCGCUUACAGAAGGACAAGAGAGAAGAGAAAGGAUCAGCGCUUCUUGGACUCACUCUCAGAGGAAUGCAAGUGUAUCAGGAGGUGAACAAUGUGCGUGAUCUGCUCUACGACUUCCCUUGGUUUCAUGUGGGUCGACUCACCUUUCUGGGGAAGAAGUUUGAGAUACAGCCCGAUGGUUUGCCCUCAGCAAGGAAGUUGGUGUAUUACACAGGUUCAGCUUUUCGUUCUCGCCAUCUUCUGCUGCACCUGAGUUCCUGUCACCGGCUGUUCCUCAGCCUGCAACCUGCACUCAAACAUCUGCACCAGCUUGAAGAAUCAGAGGAGAAGAAGAGGUACCGUGAAUCAUACAUCAGUGAUGAGCUGGAUCUAGAUCAGCCCUGCAGUGAGGGCAGUCCCCGUCUGUCCCGACACUCCACCAGCAGCUCCGGCAUCGAGGCGGACACUAGGCAACGCAGCGUCUCUGUAGAGUUGGUGUCCAUGGAGGAGAAGGAGAAGUCCUUUAUCUCUGCUGUCAGUCAUGACUCCUCACACACCUCUGGCAUAGACACAAGCAGCAAAUCCCGAACAGAUGUUGAAGUUGAGUGGCAGGAUGAAGAUUUGCAGGAAAUAGUGAAGGAGCCUGGGGAGGUCUCUGUGGACGACCCUGAGGAUAUCUUGCGAUUGGCUGAACUACUGGAGGUUGUGUCCAUCGACUGUCCUGCCAUCCAAACAGAUGUUGAAUCUAAAGGUCUUCAAAUUAGUUCAGUUCAGAUGGGCAAUGACCAAAAGGACAUGAAAGAGGUUUCGAUUUGGAAGGCUUUUAACCCCGCUGACCGCCAGAGCUUCAGUCUGGAUGACGUGCGGCGGUUCUCCCCUCUUCUCCCAUUGGGAAUAGCAUUAGUUCCAGACACCUCCCACAGCUACACAUUCGGGCUGCCACACUCCCCAGGUUGUUCUCCGACCAACCCCUGUUCAGAAAAACCUUCAUUCUAUGGCCGGCGCUCCACAAACUGUUUGUCUCUGGACAUGUUGGAGAAUAACCAGCCACUGGAGCUUCUCCUUUAAGAAACAAAAAGACUGCAGCCUCCUGUUGUAUUCAAGCAAUUUAAAUGGACAGCAGAAAGAAGACAAAACCCAGGUGUUAUCAGGGCAUUUUCACCAGGAAUUUCAUUAAGACUGAACCAUACAGUUAAAGCUGUAGUAGGGUAAUUUUGUUUUUGUUUUUUUAAAUACUUUCUCCUAUGCCAACUUAAUACGUAGAGACAACCGUAAGUAAGCCAUUUGUUGAUUUUGCUAAAAAAAAAAAAAAAAUAAACACUCUGGCACUCUUAAAACAUUGCUCUGUUUGUUUGAGCAUUCCAAUCAGCCCAACACGGUUACAUUGACUCAACCAAUGGUGUGAGUUUGGGUGGGACUAUCUGUUUUUUCUGACCAAUGGAAGACUGGAGGUGUGUUCGGGAAACCUACUGAAAAACAGUCAUCAAUUUUGCCAUUCAGUUUGGUAGCGCUAGUAGCACAGAAAUAACACUUCAGCUUUGUGUUUGUAUGCUUAUUGACUGCAGGACAACAUGAACAUUUGUGGGUUGUUUUACAGAUAUUCAAAAUAUCUAGAUUGUGAAUUUUGUGAACAAACUUCCCUGCAGAACUUUGUGUGGAUAAUCUUACAAGGACAAAGACAUUUAUCGACAAGCGAUAAAAGCUCUUCCAUGUAAAUACAUCUAUAUACAGCUGUUCUAACUAGCCACAGUGAGUGACAGAACAUUUUGUUGCACACUUGGUUUCUAUUUUCACAUGUUUUUAACUUUCCAAAUACUUUUUGGAGCUACUGUAGCUCAGUUGUUAAUCUAUAAUGUGAUACUAUAAGAUUCCACCUUUUCAGAGUCUUUUGAAUUUUGUACAUGAUAAUCUUGUUGACAUUGGACAUGCAUCUUCAUUUAUGAUGGGGGGGUUGUUGCAGCGUGAAGCAAAAAUCAGCAAUCAUGAAUAGAGUGCCAAAAGGAUACUUUCACACGUUUUCUACAAGAUCAACCAGGUUUAUGGAAUAUAUAUGCGUCGGUGCACAGCCAUUUUCAGAUCUCUCCAGAGAUGUUCAGUCGGGUUCAAGUCUGGUCUCUGGCUGGGCCACUCAAGGACAUUCACAGAGUUGUCCCGUAGCCACUCUUUGUUAUCUUGGCUGUGUGCUUAGGGUCGUUGUCCUGUUGGAAGAUGAACCGUCGCCCCAGUCUGAGGUCCAGAGUGCUCUGGAGCAGGUUUUCAUCAAGGAUGUCUCUGUACAUUGCUGCAUUCAUCUUUCCCUCAAUCCUGACUAGUCUCCCAGUUCCUGCCGCUGAAAAACAUCCCCACAGCAUGAUGCUGUCACCACCAUGCUUCACUGUAGGGAUGGUAUUGGCCAGGUGAUGAGCGGUGCCUGGUUUGCUCCAGACAUGAUGCUUGCCAUUCAGAGUUCAAUCUUUGUUUCUCAUGGUCUGAGAGUUCUUCAGGUGCCUUUUGGCAAACCACAGGCGGGCUGUCAUAUGCCUUUUACUGAGGAGUGGCUUCCGUCUGGCCACUCUACCAUACAGGCCUGAUUGGUGGAGUGCUGCAUAGAUGGUUUUUCUUCUGGAAGGUUCUCCUCUCUCCACAGAGAAAUGCUGGAGCUCUGUCAGAGUGACCAUCGGGUUCUUGGUCACCUCCCUGACUAAGGACCUUCUCCCCCGAUCGCUCAGUUUGGCCAGGCGGCCAGCUCUAGGAAGAGUCCUGGUGGUUCCAAACUUCUUCCAUUUACAGAUGAUGGAGGUCACCAUGCUCAUUGGGACCUUCAAUGCUGAAGAAAUUUUUCUGUACCCUUCCCCAGAUCUGUGCCUCGAUACAAUCCUGUCUCGGAGGUCUACAGACAAUGCCUUGGACUUCAUGGCUUGGUUUGUGCUCUGACAUGCACUGUUAACUGUGGGACCUUAUAUAGACAGGUGUGUGCCUUUCCAAAUCUUGUCCAAUCAACUGAAUUUACCACAGGUGGACUCUAAUCAAGUUGUAGAAACAUCUCAAGGAUGAUCAGUGGAAACAGGAUGCACCUGAGCUCAAUUUUGAGUAUCAUGGCAAAGGCUGUGAAUACUAAUGUACAUGUGAUUUUUCUCAUUUUUUAUUUUUAAUAAAUUUGCAAAGAUUUCAAACAAACUUCUUUAACGUUGUCAUUAUGGGGUAUUGUUUGUAGAAUUUUGAGGAAAAUAAUUAAUUUAAUCCAUUUUGGAAUAAGGCUGUAACAUAACAAAAUGUGGAAAAAGUGAAGCGCCGUGAAUACUUUCCGGAUGCACUGUAUUGUAAAUGCACAUAUUAAAAACAUGCCCUUAUACACAUUCCUUUCAGUGAAAGGAAAGCACACAGAAUGAAAAAUCAGAAUCAGAAUGAAUUUUAUUGCCAAGUAUGCUUACACAUACAAGGAAUUUUUCUUGGUGACAGAAGCUUCAAGUGCACAAACAAUACAGCA